GCCUGAAAUUUUGGGUACACGAAAAGCUUCCAGAAUAUCGUCAGACAUAGAUGUGGACAAUCCGGAGCCAGAACAGAUUGCUGCUGCUUAUAUUAAAGCCGUACGUCAAGCACGUGAUAUUGGAACCACAUAUACUCCAGUACUUCAAUAUGAUUAUCGUCGUCCUGCAAUUGUUCAGGGUCCAAACGAUGCAAAAUCGAAACGUUUCGCUGAAAUGGAAAAAUAUACUCAUUUUAGAGCAAUCUACUUUGGUGCUGAAAUUUUAUGUGAAGAUGAUAUAGUACGUUUGAUCCCCGAUAAGAGUGCUCGAAGAGGAAAAGGCUCAUCAUCAACCGGUAGAAAGACUGACCAUAGAUCAUAUUUACAAAUUACUGGUAUCUAUAAACAUCCAAAAAAAGGAAUCUAUUUAACAGGUGAUAUGUAUAAUCGAGGAAAUUUAUUAGAAAAUAAUAAAUAUCAGUGGUUUCCGGUGAAUGAGGAUGAUGAAGAGUAUAAUAUAGACUUGUCUGAAGUUGCUGGUCGAUUUUAUCCAAUGUGGCCAGAUCACACUGAAAUCAUGCCUUGUAAAACUACCAAUGUGUUACAAAAAAGACGAGCGAUGACUGGUGAAGAUGAAUCGACACUUACUACUGACUUUUGGUUGUCUCUUAAACCUGAAGAAAUUGAUUCUGAUGAUUCGAUGAGUCAAUCUGAGCUAUCCGACCUUUCACAUUCGACGCAACAAACCAGGAAACGAACAAUACCUUUCGAUCAUCCACUAGAUGAAUUACCUAAAAAACUCAAGACCGAAGUUUCAAACCCUGAAAUCAAAAUUGACAUUUUAUUACCGACAUCAAAUAUACCUGAUAGUGAAAAUGAUUAUACUUUAACCAAUAAUGUUACUUCCGAAACAUCCGGUUGUCUUGAUACCGUUUCUCCUGAUACUCCAACUUUUGAAACUUAUGAAAAUGAAAUUGAUGAUGAAAUGAAAUCUGUUGAAGUUAGUCAAAUGUAA